AUGCAUCUCCAAUUCCUCCUGGCCUUCGCCUCCCAAGCGCUCUCACUGAAUUUCGCCCUUCCACAUCCCAUAGGCCCCUCGCUUGUCGGAACAACUUCCAUUGAGCUCCUAGACACGUCUCGUCUGGAUCCAUUCGCACCAGACGUUCGCUACCAGGACUACACGGCAACCCUAACAAACCUGGCCUCGCAAGGCUAUAUCGUCGUCGGCGUCGACCACCCCUUCGACACCGGCUUCAUCGAGUACCCCGAUAACCGCACCGCCAUCGCCGUCAACAGCACAACCGGAACACCCGAAGGUGCAGCCCGCACAGUCGACGUCCACGUCGCAGAUCUACGCGCUGUGCUGGAUGCCCUAGCCACGAAUGCCACGUUCGCAAAGCAGAUCCCUGGUGUGCAUGGCACGCUUGACGUUUCCUCCGUCGGCGUUUUCGGGCAUAGUUUAGGCGGCGCCACGGGUGCGAGCGCGAUGGCUGCUGAUGAGCGGUUUGCGUGCGGUAUUAAUUUGGAUGGGACGUUUUGGGGUUCUGUGGUCGGCACUGGUGUUGAUCGACCGUUUUUCCUGAUGUCUUCGGCGGUGCAUAACCAGAGCAACGACGAUUCGUGGAAAUGGUUCGUGGGGAACAGCACGGGGAUGAAGCUGGAGGUUGCUGUUGAGGGGAGUUUGCAUGGCGCAUAUACUGAUUUUGCGGUGUUGUAUGAUGAGAUUAUCGCUGCUGGGUACGAUGUGCCGGGCGCUGCAGAGUUGCUGGGGACGAUUAGGGGGGCGAGGAUGCUGGAGAUCGUGGGGGAGUUCGCAGGGGCUUGGUUUGAUCGGUGUUUGCAGGGGAAGAGGGAGGUUGUGUUGGAGGGUCCCAGUGAGGAGUGGCCGGAGGUUAAGUUUUGGGAUUCGUGA